AUCCAUCAUUAUAAUAUAAUAGACAAACAAAGAUUGAGCAAUGUCAAAGAAUGAAAAAGCAACUUAGAAAUCGUAGAACAAUGCGGAUCAAUUAGUUCGAUUGAUAUAAAACUUCUAUAAAUGCCAACAUAAUAAAGUCAUCACGAGAGUGGAUUUGUUGGUUAGCAACAAAUAGCGAUAACGUUACAGUUAUAUCUUAUUAUAUCCUUAUAUAGUCCACGUAGUAGACUGAUCUUGAAAUAUCUAGAAUCAUCAGACGUAAAACAGUUCUUGUAUACGCAUUGACCGGUUAGUAUAUAACUGAGAUUCGCGUAAGAAACAUCGUAUUCCAUGAUCAGUAAUUACGAUUGUUGAAGUUUUAAUACAAAAGCCACGAAUUUGGACUUAUUCCGAAUCGUUGGAAAAUUUACAUAAUUUACAAUGAAGCAUACUGAUUGACAACGCUCUCGCAUAUAGUAUACGGGCACGAGUAUUCUACCUUGUUAUCAGUGACGUAUAAUUAAUUCAUAUUAUUUCUAGUAAAAGUGUCUGGAUACCGCUGUUUAACCCAAAUAUUAGAUAAUUGUGUGUACAUAUUUUAAACUAUAUAAGCGGUCGUCUACGCCUUCCUAAACUUAAAUCACACCACCUUUGUAAAGUAUCUACUUCCUCUAUCGCAGUAACAAAUACGUUAAAAUGAAAUCGCACUUCGUUAUACUACUUGCAACCUUUUAUUAUAUUUUCUUAUCGUUGGAAGUCAUUGAAGCGGGCAAACAUAAAGAAUUUAUGGACUUGAAUGAUGACGAAAUUUGUGAAGAAGAUCAAUACACUCUCAAUGAAUCAAAUUCGACGAAUAUAACUCGCCACAGAAAAUUUCGAACGAGCAAAUCGGCGUUGGACUGCCUCGGCUUAGGAGAUCAGUUUUCUGAAGCUUUAGAUUGGUUUUUGAAAACGGAUUCCAAUGGGACAAAGGCACUAAAAGUUAAGUUCCAUGCGAUCUCAAGAAGUAAUCCAAAACGAGUCACUCUUCAACAUGGUGAGAAAUUCGAUUUGAGCGAAGUGGACUUUGAUAUCACGCGGAGAACUAUGCUUAUUGUCCAUGGCUUCUUGUCAAAUGGAGAUGAAAAAUGGAUUUUUGAUAUGACAAAAGCUUUAUUAAAAUGGGAUGACGUGAAUCUCUUUGUCGUCGAUUGGAGUGAUGGGGCUAAUACAUGGAACUAUCUGAAAGCCGCCGUUAAUACGAGAACUGUUGGAGAUCAAAUUGCAACGUUCUUUAGUCAGCUUGUUAAUGCCUCAAGUGAAUCAAAUGAAAUCGACAGCAGCAAGUACGGGCCGCUCCACUUCAUCGGUCACAGUCUAGGCUCUCACAUAUGCGGCUAUGCUUCCAAGGAACUCAAGAGGCGCGAGAGCAAGUGGCUUGUGCAGAGAAUCACGGGAUUAGAUCCUGCUCAGCCGUGCUUCAAGAACUCGGACAAAUCGUUAAAACUCGACAACGAUGACGCACCCUUCGUCGACGUCAUUCACACCAACGGCAGAGUUUUGUCGAAACUUGGACUUGGGCUUCCGUAUCCAGUAGGUCACGUCGAUUUUUAUCCUAACGGUGGAAAACUACAACCAGGCUGUAACUUGUCUAAAAUAUCAUUGUGGCAGUAUCUACCUUUACCAAUCAAAAAAAUAAGCGAGACAAUUUGUAGUCAUGGAAGAUCGUACCUGUACUUUAUCGACUCGAUUAUGGCUGAAGUGAGUAGCAGUUGUACAUUUUGGGCUCUUGAAUGGGACAUGUCUUAUGACGAAGUUGAUUCCAUUUUGAGGACUAAAUGCCAUAGCGAAAAGUGUAUUGAGAUGGGAAUAAACGCUGAAAAAUAUAGCGUCAACGGUACAUACAUUACUAUAACAGGAAGGGCAACGCCUUUUUGCAUGGUUAACAAGGCUGAUAAAAAGGAAGUUAAGGAUAUCAUCGAAAAGGUGAAAAAGAAGUUACACUGUGUAUCCAAUGAUACUGAAUCACGGAACCAGAUUUUAGUUAUAUAUGAUUGACGCGUACUCGUAAUACAAAUGACGAAAACUUUUAUACGUCAGUAUUGAGUCUAUGCCGAAAAUAGUUUGAAAAGACUUCUUUUGAUUUUAAAUUUAACUAUUAAAUAUUUAUUUUACUUAUUAAAA